CUCCCGCCCGCUCGCCUCUCUUCCCCGUGCAGCCGGACCUGCAGGUACGCCGGGAGCUCUUUGCGGAGCUUUGCUUCUCCUGUCGCCGUGGCCGCCGGUCCGCAAGAAGCGGCUUCUCUCUCGCCCUGUCCGAAGGUGCGAUUCCCCGCGAAAAAUGGCUGCGAUCCCGGCUUGCGCCGCCGCCGCCGCUUCCUUGCGCCGCCGGCUCCUGGUCUUGCUUUUGCUUCAUUGCCCUUUCGCGCUCUGGCUGAAGGGGAACGGCUGUGUCGCCGACACACCGGAGGAAGCGGCGGCGGCGGCGAUGCCCAGCUCGCCCCCUCUGCCGGAAUCCGCCUUGCAGAAGCCCACCGUCUUCAUGGCCAUCCUCGCCAGGAACGCUGCCCGCUCCUUGCCCCAUUUCCUCGGCUGUCUGGAGAGGCUACGGUACCCGAAGCGCCGGAUCGCCAUCUGGGUGGCCACUGAUCAUAACAUCGACAAUACAACUGCCAUGCUGAGAGAAUGGUUGAAGAACGUACAAAAACUCUACCACUAUGUCGAAUGGAGGCCAAUGGAUGACCCUCAGUUUUACCCCGAGGAAAUUGGACCAAAGCACUGGCCAAAUUCUAGAUUCACUCAUGUGAUGAAACUGAGACAGGCUGCUCUGAGGACUGCAAGGGAAAAGUGGUCUGACUACAUCAUGUUCAUCGAUACUGACAAUUUUCUGACAAACCCAGAAGUAUUGAAUCUAAUGAUAGCGGAGAAUAAAACUCUUGUGGCUCCAAUGCUUGAAUCUCGAGCUCUCUACUCUAACUUCUGGUGUGGAAUGACACCUCAGGGCUAUUACAAGAGGACACCAGAUUAUCCUCUGAUCAGGGAAUGGAAGAGAACUGGUUGCUUUGCAGUCCCAAUGUUACAUUCCACAUUUUUGAUUGAUCUGAGAAAAGAGGCAUCAGAUAAGCUGGCAUUUUAUCCUCCACACCAAGACUAUACCUGGACCUUUGAUGAUAUCAUUGUUUUUGCCUUCUCAAGUCGCCAAGCUGACAUUCAGAUGUACAUUUGCAACAGAGAACAUUAUGGUUACCUUCCUGUGCCGCUGAAGCCACACCAGAUGCUAGAAGAUGAAGCGGACAAUAUUGUUCACAUGCUAAGUGAAGCGAUGAUUGACCAUCCUCCAAUUGAACCCUCCAAGUUUGUCACAGUUCCUCCAAAACACCCUGAGAAGAUGGGAUUUGAUGAGAUUUUUAUGAUCAAUCUGAAGCGUCGGAAAGACAGACGGGAUCGAAUGUUGUGGACUUUAUAUGAACAGGAAAUUGAAGUCAAGCUAGUGGAAGCUGUGGAUGGGAAGAUGCUGAAUACAAGCCAGCUGAAAGCUCUAAAAAUAGAUAUGCUUCCUGGUUACCAGGAUCCAUACUCUUCUAGAGUUCUGACCAGAGGAGAGAUUGGCUGUUUCCUUAGCCACUAUUAUAUAUGGAAAGAGAUAGUAAGCAGGGAGAUGGAGAAGUGCCUAGUCAUCGAAGAUGAUGUACGCUUUGAGCAUCAGUUCAAAAAGAAGCUCACAAAGCUAAUGGAUGACAUUGAGAGAGCACAGCUUGACUGGGAUCUCAUAUAUAUAGGUCGGAAACGGAUGCAGGUGGAGCAUCCAGAAAAGGCUGUACCCAAUGUGAUGAAUCUUGUGGAAGCUGAUUACUCUUACUGGACACUGGGCUAUGCAGUCUCCUUGCAAGGAGCUCAGAAGCUAAUUGGAGCUCAGCCUUUCAACAAGAUGCUCCCUGUAGAUGAAUUCUUGCCAGUCAUGUACAACAAGCAUCCAAUAGCCAAAUACAUGGAACAUUAUGAACCUAGAGAUUUGAAAGCUUUCUCGGCAGAGCCUUUGCUGAUAUAUCCAACACACUACACUGGACAACCAGGUUACCUCAGUGACACAGAGACAUCUACAAUCUGGGACAACGAGACUGUGGCCACUGAUUGGGACAGGACACUCUCCCGGAAAUCACGGCAACAGGACCAGAUCCAUAAAGAUGCCCAGAACAAGAAUGCCUUGCCACCUAGACCUUCCCUUGAUGCAUCAUCCACCAGAGAUGAACUAUGACUGUUAACUAGAUCAGCUACAAGUUACUGGAAACAUCAGAGGGACUUCUACAAUUUCCAGAGAUACAGAUAUGCUAUCUUGCUUGGCAAAAUAGUUUGAUAUGACUCACUUGAACUAAGCAAGGCUUGUCUCAUUUUUGCAGGGUGAGUAGAUGAACCUGACUGAAUCAAGGGUAGUAUACUUUAAAACAAUUUUUGAAAAGGAGGCCUGGUUUUUGCUGAUUGGCUUGUACUAAAGGAAAUUCUAUAGAGCUGUUGGAGGACUCUAAAAGGAAACGAGGACAAAGAUUCCUCAACCAAUGUCUUUCCACAAUUCUUGGUGUAGAUUUAUUGUAUUUAUAAAAAGUAAUAUAUACAAGAGUUAGGAAGGAGCUACCAAGUUUUUCCGUGUUAAUUAUUGGUCUAUUGUCUGCUGCAUUGCCUGAAUUCUUGCUGGUUUCGAUUUUGUGAACUAUAUUCUGAGGCAGAAAUGUUAGGACGUUCCCAUUUCUACAGUGAGGUUAAAUGCUAAAUAAUGUGUCUUGAAAUAAUCAGACGAUGGACAAGAUUUCCUUUAUGUUCACCAUAUGAAUUCCCACUGAUAUUAUUUGCUUUCAUGUUUAAAUCAUAAGCUAUGAAGAAUAACUCAUUUGUCAUGAGAAUGUCUGGAGUUCACAAUUUUUAAUAUUUAUCAAUAAUUUUCCAUCUUUAUCCUUCCACACUUUCAUGAAAUUUAGUGAAGAUCUCUACUAAAUGGAAAACCAAGAAUUGAGCAGCCUGUAAAUAGACCACACAUCUUCCUCAGCCAACAGCUGAGAAGAUAGAAAAGAAUAUACAGUAUGUAGCUUAGGGCUGAACUGUGGAGUCCUCAAUGUCAUAAGCAGAAGAGGCCACCUAGUCAAGUAAUGAAAUGUCUGCAAACAACCAAACUCAGAGAACAUCAAGGACUCCAUAGCACAUGGAUGAGUUCCAUUACAAACUGGAUUUGAAGAGUAAAAGUUAAAUAUCCUUUUGAACACUGUUCUCAUUGAUAGUUUUGAGACACACUUUCACUCACAAAUGAUACUGUUGUAAGCACUAACACUGUUGGUAAUUUAUCCUUCAUGCUUUUGAUAGAGGAAGAAUUUCAGCCCACAUCUGUAACAGGCCGAAUCCAGAGAUAAACAACGAAUAAUGGAUUUGAAAAUAAUAAUUUCCUUUUCCAACCCCUGAAAAAUCUGAUGGUGUUAAGCAUUUUGAUGUAACCAUUGUGUCUCUUUGAUGUUAUUUGCAUGUGAACUAAAGGACACAUGGCCACUCUUUUCUUUUUAUAAUGCUCAAACUUCAUCGUUUGAAAUGAGCUGUAAUAUUCGCUCCACUGAAGAACAUCUCCAUAUGCAAAGUCUUCAUAUUUAGAACACCCCGCCC